UCAGACUUCCAAAGAGCAAAGGUGUGUUUACACUGACUCGAGAGAGAGUAGGUAAAUAAGAAAAUAUCUGGAUAUAUGUGCGUCGCCUGUUUUACGACGACAUGAUGGCCAGCAUACAUCGUCUGUAUUCGCUUGAGUCGCAAAUAUAAGAUUUGUUUCUAGUGUUUGGGAAAAAUACAGUAACGUUUAAGUAAAAAAAAAAGCUUCCGUGUAACCGAGAAACAUGAAAAAAACACUGAAGCUGGAGCUGCUUGCGCUCGUGCUCUGCGUGUUUCCAACAGCGCUGUUGUCUAUCCAGGUUACCGUUCCUCAAACAGAGAGACACACAAUGUUGUUUGCUUCUGUCAUUCUGCGAUGUGACUAUUCCACUACUGCGAGCUUACAAGAUGUGCUGGUCACAUGGCGAUACAAGUCCUUCUGUUUGGAUCCAGUGCUGGACUAUUACUCAACUGCAUAUCAAGCGGCUCUGGGUCUGAAGCAAGACCCAGCCAACGAUUGUCCAGACAGUCAGCGCACUGUCCGCAUAGUGAUUCAGAAAAGAGGCCUCAAUGAAGCUGUUCUGGGGCCAGAAUAUCGAGAUCGCAAGAUAUACAUACAAAACAAUGCUGACCUGGUUAUGAAUGAGGUGAUGUGGUGGGACAACGGCAUGUAUUUCUGCUCCGUCGAUGCAGCGGGUGAUGUUGUGGGAGACUCCGAUAAAGAAAUCAGGCUCAUCGUGUAUCACUGGCUGACCGUGCUGCUCAUCGCCCUCGGAGGUCUGCUCCUCAUCAUACUGAUUUGUAUCUGCUGCUGUCAGUGCUGUCCUCAGAACUGCUGCUGCUAUGUCCGUUGUCCCUGCUGUCCUCGCACUUGCUGCUGCCCAGAAGAAGCUGUGAUGCGCCACAAGAUGAUGCGUGAUGCUCAAAAAGCCAUGGUACCGUGGCUCCAUGGCCAGCCCAUCUAUGCCCCCAUUGCCUCAAAGGCAUCUUCUCAAGCAAACCCUUUACUAUAUUCAGGGUCUUUUUCUGAACCUUCAUCCAAACACAACCUUCCCAUGGCUCCGAUGGUCAUUCCUCCCCCUCAACCUGUCCUGCCAUUCAUCCCUCCCCAAGGAUACCAUGCCAAUGGCAGCAUAAAUGGAAAUGUACAUGGUAAUAACCAAGUGUUAGAUUUUCUGGAGACCCAAGUAAGAGGGAUGGAUAUGGCUGCCCCAAUGCUCCAGCCUCAACCUCACUACACAGCAGUCCCGUUCCAAAGCCUUCCUCAUCAAUUUGUGGCCCCACAACCACAAUAUGCAACUCCACCACCUCAAGCCAUACCCCAAGCUAUGCCUUUAUCGGCCAGGCCACCCAGCAUGCUCUCAGCCCUGGAUGAGAUGGGUGUCCAAGGUGUGGAGCGCAGGGUCAUCCAGCUGCCUCCCAUCGUGGGCCGAGCGAAACAGAGCUCUCGGCGGAACAAUGAUGGUGGAAGACAACGGCUAUCUAAUCAUUCCAGCGGUAGCUCAAACCGCAAUGGUCAUCAUCGAGAUGAUUCUUGGAGGGAGCCAUCAUCUUCACGGAGAGGGAUGCAGUUGCAGCGUAGCUACAGCGACGAGUCGGACUGGGACGACAGGCGUGGAGGUCGAGGUUCUUCGGGACGCAGGGGAGUUUCGGGUUCGGAUAGGGCUCGUCCACGUAUUCGCAGUAAAGGGGAGCUUCUGGAGGAGCUGGAGCGCGCAACGAACCGCAGAGACAGGAAUAACUCACCUUCUCCACGUAGAGGCUCCUGGAGUUCAGACGAGGAGGACAGUUAUAGAAAGGGGAAGCGAUCUCAAGGGAGAUUGCCUGAGAAACCACCAGCUUAUUCUACCAUUGAGAUUUUGCCUGGCCACAGCAGGAGGAGUGACCGCUUUUCUGAUAAAACCUCUCGCAGUAGCACGAGUGUUGUGAUCUGAGUCCCUGUCUUGUCCUACAAUUUUAACCUGAUCCUUCAUUACUCGCCAUCUACAAGUAAAUGGCUUCUGGACUACAAUCACUGGGAGUAAUUGUGUGCUUUAGCACAAUAAUUAAGCAGUGACUGUAGAUGGCCUUCAGUAAACCCCUGGAAGACAGUAAAUGCACUGUACAUCUUUUUUAUAUUUUUAUUUUUGCUUAAAACUGUUUUUUGAUGUUUAUUAUGUGAAAGCAUUUUUUUACUGCCAGUGUAACUUUUUUUUACUGACACUGUACUUUAAUUAUUAACCACGGCAAGGUUUUUGGUAUUUGAUCAGUACAAUUUCUAGAUGACGCUACCAUUAAUGGCACUUCAGCUGAAGGUUGUACAUAAAAUAGCCUCUUUGGUUCAUCUAGGUUCUCUGUUUACUUUUAGUUAAUAUUUGUUUGGAGUAGUUGUAGUUGAUUUAGUUGUUUUCUUUGUCUUGUCAUGCUGUUGUUAUCCAUAGACAAUCCUUGGGAUUAUUUAGAUUUGACUAUGGACUAAUUAUAUAUAUAUAUUGCAUUGCAAAAGAAGAACUCAUUAGUAUCAUUAGUUUUCAAAAGAAUAAAAAAGAUUUUGUUGUAUUUCUCAUGUGGUGAGAAUUUAUGUAAACUCUGCCUGCAAUAAAGUAACAUUUUACAUUC